AUGGCUCGAUGGGUCCGACUCGGAGUUAUAGACAGAGUCGUUAAAGAAGACAGUGUAGUUCAACCUAGGGACUAUCGAAUAGUGCAGCAUGUUAUACAUCCCGAUUAUAAACCACCUUCGCUUUACAACGAUAUAGCUUUGUUCCGGUUGGAAAGGGAUAUAGAAUUUUCUGAUGCAGUGCGACCAAUUUGUCUUAACUCAAAUCCGAAUUUAACACCAUUAAAACAAAUAUUAACUGGUUGGGGUAGAAUUUCAACAGCUGGGCCAGUAAGUGACAAUUUGUUAAAAGUAGAAUUGGAUAUUUACCCAAUAAAGCAGUGUAACGAAAGUUAUUAUUCAAAUAAUGAUAAAAAAUUAGAAUUUGGCAUAUUACCUGAUAGUAUGAUAUGUGCUGGUUCUUUUGAUGGUGAGAAAGACAGUUGUUCGGGUGAUUCAGGAGGUCCACUUCAAUUAGAACAUGAAAAAUAUAGACCAAUGUAUACUUAAUACGGGAUUACGUCGUUUGGGAAAUUUUGUGGUGACAAAGAUACUCCUGGAGUUUAUACUAAAGUAGCUAAUUAUAUUUCAUGGAUUGAAGAAAUAGCUUUUUUAAAUAAUUGA